AUACACAUUCAUCUUUUCUAUAAAUUGAGCUACUCGCCUCCUCUGCUUUGUCCAAUUCAAAACCAAACAACAGCUUCUCAUAAUCAUCUCUCUUCUUUCCUCUUUAAGAAAAGGAAGAUAGAUCAAAGCUUCUACGUUUUAAAAAGGGAAGAUAACAAGAUGAAUCUUGCCGGCUUCUUGAUUAUAGUUGUCCUCGGAGUCAUGACGUCACGUGUGAAUGGAUACGGUGGCGGUUGGGUAAACGCACACGCCACAUUCUACGGCGGUGGUGAUGCCUCAGGAACAAUGGGAGGUGCUUGUGGGUACGGAAACCUUUACAGCCAAGGAUAUGGAACCAACACGGCGGCGCUGAGCACUGCUCUGUUCAACAACGGGUUAAGCUGUGGUGCUUGCUUCGAGAUACGAUGCCAGAACGACGGCAAAUGGUGUCUCCCUGGCUCAAUCGUCGUCACAGCGACUAACUUUUGCCCUCCUAACAACGCUUUACCUAACAACGCAGGAGGUUGGUGUAACCCUCCUCAGCAGCAUUUCGAUCUCUCUCAGCCCGUGUUUCAACGCAUCGCUCAGUACAAAGCUGGCAUUGUCCCCGUUGCGUACAGAAGAGUGCCUUGCGUGAGAAGGGGAGGAAUAAGGUUUACUAUAAACGGUCAUUCUUACUUCAACCUUGUUCUGAUUACGAACGUCGGAGGAGCCGGAGAUGUUCACUCGGCGUGGGUUAAAGGGUCAAGAACAGGAUGGCAAGCAAUGUCGAGAAAUUGGGGACAAAACUGGCAGAGUAACUCUUACUUGAACGGACAAGCUCUCUCUUUCAAAGUCACAACCAGUGAUGGUCGGACCAUCGUUUCUAACAACGUUGCUUCUGCGGGAUGGUCCUUUGGCCAGACCUUCACCGGCGCACAGAUACGCUAGGAAGGGGUGAUUUCGUAAAAAAAACUCAUAUAUCAUUUGACUAAGUGAAAACAAGUGGUUCAUGUGUGUUGUGGAAAGAUUGGAAGAGGGGCAUAUUAGUAAUUGGGUCCGUUGUUACCUAAAAAGAAGUGGUGCGUCGAGUGCUUGAUUUUCCACAAAGCCUUGAUGACGACUUCUUUUGGGAUCUUCUUUCUAUUAUUGGUAAGGUUUGUUUGAAGUUAUACUGAUGCAGAGGUGGAGUUAAGUACCACCCGCUACUAGUAAAUUUCUCGUGUAGUUUGUAUGUCCCCUCUUGAAGCGAGAGGGAGAGUUUCAGCUUUCAAGAAUUGGUAGAUUGUAUUAUGUCGUUAAGUCAUCAUCUAUGUUGUAAAUUUUCAAAAUUUUCAAGGAAUAUUGGAGAUUUGUAAAUUUCAAAAAAUAUAUAUUGGAGAUUUGUUAUUCUAAUUUAAAAUGGAAAAA